CAUAGAAAAACUGGUGAAGCGACUGAGAUCCACAUCACUUACUAUUAUAAAGAUGGCGUUUAUUAAAGAGGAGAGUGAAGACUUGAAGAUUGAAGAAACAUUGAGGGUGAAACAAGAAGAAACUGAGGAACAAAAAGACUUGAUGGUGCUUAAAGAAGAGAGUCAAGAAUUGAAUGAAGAGGAAGAGGAAGAUCAGGAUGAGAGUCAUAAUGAUUUCAUAAUUGGAGAAAAAUCUUUUAGUUGCUCACAGACUGAAAAGACUUGCUCACAAAAAAGGGGUCAGAAGACAGCAACUAGAAGUUAUUUCUCUUGCACUCAAUGUGGAAAGGGUUUCAAUCAACUUGGAAACCUGAAAGUCCACAUGAGAAUUCACACUGGUGAGAAGCCGUUCACCUGCCAACAUUGUGGAAAAAGUUUCAAUGAAAAAGGAAACCUCAAUAAACACAUGAGGAUUCACACUGGAGAGAGCCCCUUCACCUGCCAACAGUGUGGGAAAAGUUUCACUCAAAACAACAGCCUUAAAGCCCACAUGAGAUCUCACAAUGGAGAGAAGCCUUUCGCCUGCCAACAAUGUGGAAAAAGUUUCACUCAAAAAGACAGUCUUAAAGUCCACAUGAGAAUUCACAAUGGGGAGAACCUUUUCACCUGCCAACAGUGUGGAAAAUGUUUCAUUCGAAAAGCAUGCCUUCAAAGCCACAUGCGAAUUCACACUGGAGAGAGGCCUUUCACCUGCCCUCAAUGUGGAAAAAGUUUUAAACAUAGAGCAACAAUUAAUUCCCACAUGAAAAUUCACACGGGAGAGAAGCCGUUCACAUGUGAUCAGUGUGGAAAUACUUUCAGACAUAAAGUAAACCUUAAUACCCACAUGAGGAUUCACUCAAGAGAGGACUGUUUUACAUGCCAUCAGUGUGAAAUGAUUUUCACAGACAGUGAUCACCUUAAGAAUCACGUAAUAACUCACAUUGGAGAGAAGCCACACAUGUGCAUUAACUGUGGAAAGACUUGCUCAAACAAAACAAACCUUAAUGUUCACAUGAGAACUCACACUAGAGAGAAGCCUUUCACCUGCCCUCAGUGUGGAAAGAGUUUCACACUUAAAGAAAGCCUUAGGACUCACAUAAGAUCUCACACUGGAGAGAAGCCUUUCACGUGUCUUCAGUGUGAAAAGAGUUUCGCAUAUCGAGUGGACCUGAAACGUCAUUUGCAAACUCAUUCUGUAGAAAAAUUGCAGGAAAAGGAGCAAUUUCAAAAAUCACCUAUGCAGACCAUUAUGGCGUUUAUUAAAGAAGAGAGUGAAGACAUUAGGAUUGAAGAAGUAUUCAGUGUGAAACAAGAAGAAAAUGAGGAACAAACAGACCUGAUGGCACUGAAAGAAGAAAGUCAAGAAGAGAAAGAUAGGUGUGUUGAACAUCGUGUCAUGACUGAAGAAAAAUCCACAGAGACUGAAAAGACUUUGUCACAAAAUAGAAAAGCUCAGAAAAACAUAUCUAACAAUUAUUUAAUCUGCCAUCAGUGUGGAAAGAGUUUUACUCAAAGAAAAAACCUUACUGUCCACAUGAGAACUCACAGCGGAGAGAAGCCUUUCACCUGCCAACAGUGUGGACAGAGUUUUGCGCGCAAAGAAAACCUUAAAGCCCACAUGAGAAUUCACACUGGAGAGAAACCUUACACCUGUAAACAGUGUGGACAGAGUUUUGCACAUAAAGGAAACCUUAAUUCCCACAUGAGGCUUCACACUGGAGAGAAGCCUUACACCUGCAAACUGUGUGGGAAGAGCUACUCACAAAAAGAAUAUCUUAAGAAUCACAUGAGAAUUCACACUGGAGAGAAGCCUUUCACAUGCUCUCAGUGUGGAAAGAGUUUCAGAUGUAAAGUAAACCUUAAUCAGCACAUGAAGAUUCACUUGAGAGUAAACAGUUUUACAUGCCAUCAGUGUGGAAGGAAUUUUACCGACAGCAAUUGCCUUAAGAAUCAUGUAAUAACUCACACUAGAGAGAAGCCACACAUGUGCGAUCACUGUGGAAAGAUUUUCAAAACCAAAUCAAUCCUUGUGGUUCACAUAAGAACUCACACUCGAGAGAAGCCUUUCACUUGUCCUCACUGUGGAAAAAGUUUCAUACAUAAAGGAAACCUUAACAUUCACGUGAGACUUCACACUGGAGAGAAGCCUUACACGUGUCUUCAGUGUGAGAAGAGUUUCACAUAUCAAAGAGACCUGAAACAGCAUUUGCAAACUCAUUCUUGAAAUCAACUAUAGUGUUCUGUAUGUGGUAAGAGGUUUACUAAAUACAGCGGUUUCAGAAAUCACUUGCAUAUUCACUCUGGAUGAUGACAUUUGAUUUUGUAAUUUUGUAAAAAGUGUAAUUAAGUUCAUCAAACUUACAGAUUUGGUCAUUUCACUUGCAUGAAAAGUCAUGCAGAUGUGAGACCCUUUAAUUUACUACAUUUUUUAUGCUGAUAGAAUCCCAU